AGCUCCUUGGCGCUGCCCCCCCCUCCCGCCCCCCGGGCCGCGGGGCUGCUCUGAUUGGACGUGGCUGCGCCCGGCCGGCCAAUGGUGAGGCGGCGGCAGCUUCCCGGAAGUGGCGGCGCGGCCGGCGGCGGCUGGGGCUUCCGUUGCUCUCUAGGCAGGCGGCCAGUCAGCCCGGGUUGGCGGACGCAAUGAGCUGCUUCGAGGGGCAGAUGGUCGAGUAUCCAAGCAUCUCCAUAGACCGCUUCGACCGGGAGAACCUGAGGGCCCGCGCCUACUUCCUGUCCCACUGCCACAAAGAUCACAUGAAAGGAUUAAGAGCCCCUGCCUUGAAAAGAAGGUUGGAGUGCAGCUUGACGGUUUACUUAUACUGUUCGCCUGUUACUAAAGAGCUGUUGUUAACAAGCCCGAGGUACAGAUUUUGGGAGAAACGAAUUAUAUCCAUUGAAAUUGAAACUCCUACCCAGAUAUCUUUAGUCGAUGAGGCAUCAGGCGAGAAGGAAGAGAUUGUUGUGACUCUCUUACCAGCUGGUCAUUGCCCAGGAUCAGUUAUGUUUUUGUUUCAGGGCAACAAUGGGACUGUCUUGUACACGGGAGACUUCAGAUUGGCGAAAGGAGAAGCUGCCAGGGUGGAGCCCCUGCACUCCGGGGGCAGAGUGAAAGACAUCCAGAGUGUGUACUUAGACACGACUUUCUGCCAUCCGAAAUAUUACCAAAUUCCUAGUCGGGAGGAGUGUCUGCGUGGGAUCCUGGGGCUGGUUCGCAGCUGGAUCACGCGGAGCCCGUACCACGUGGUGUGGCUGAGCUGCAAGGCCGCCUACGGGUACGAGUAUCUCUUCACCAACCUCAGCGAGGAGUUCGGAGUCCAGGUUCACGUGGAUAAACUAGACAUGUUUCGAAACAUGCCUGACAUCCUUCAUCAUCUCACAACAGACCGUGACACUCAGAUCCAUGCGUGUCGGCAUCCAAAGGCAGAGGAAUAUUUUCAGUGGAAUAAGUUACCCUGUGGCAUUACCUCCAAAAAUAGAAUUCCACUCCACACAAUCAGCAUUAAGCCAUCCACGAUGUGGUUUGGAGAAAGAGCCAGAAAAACCAAUGUCAUUGUGAGGACUGGAGAGAGUUCGUACAGAGCCUGCUUUUCUUUUCACUCCUCCUACAGUGAGAUUAAAGAUUUCUUGAGCUACAUCUAUCCUGUGAAUGUAUAUCCAAAUGUCAUUCCGUUAGGCACAACUAUGGGUAAAGUUCAAGAAAUCUUAAAGCCUUUAUGCCGAUCUUCCCAAAGUACCGAGCCGAAGUAUAAACCACUUGGAAAAUUGAAGAGAGCAAGAACAAUCCACCUAGACUCAGAGGAUGAUGACAGUGACCUCUUUGAUGAUCCUCUGCCAGUACCUUUAAGGCACAAGAUUCCAAGCCAGCAAACUCUUCGCCCUGAGGUAUUGCCCACGACUGCGAUUUCACAAGACCAGCCUCAAAAACGGAGAGAAAGCACAGGGUGCUUCAGAGCAGAGAGUAUGCCAACAACUUUCCUUUGGGCAGACUUUAUAGAUUGUGAGGAAUCCAACAGUGAAAGUGAAGAAUCCGAAAUCCCAGCUUCAGCUCAAGGAGACACGGGCCCUGUCCCCCAGCUCCAGAAGAGGGCUGAUGGGGAAGUACCACAGUGGGAAGUGUUCUUUAAAAGAAGUGCUGACCUCACUGAUGACUGUCUGGAGAACCUCCCGUCCUCCACAGAGGCAGGGGGCUCUCAGUCUCCGAAGCUUUUCAGUGACUCCUCUGAUGGGGAAUCAACUCACAUCUCUUCCCAGACGUCUUCUCAGUCAACACACAUAUCAGAACAAGGAAGUCAAGGCUGGGACAGCCAGUCCGACACUGUUCUGCUAUCUUCCCAGGAGAGAAAUGCGGGUAUGGCCUCCUCGAGCAGACGUGUCUACAGGCCAGGAAUCAAAGACAACACUCUUGCCCCUCAGAUGGAACAAAAUGUACUUUGCCCAAAGGACACAUACUCUGAUUUGAAUAUCAGAGAUCAAGAUGUAAGUAUAGGUUCUAGUGCUGGAGAGACGGCUACUCUGAGCAGCGGGAAGCACACGCCUCAGGAGAAAAGGCCACUAAACCCGAGCAGCAGCGCAGAGUCACCAAGCUCCUCUGAUUUUGAAAUUCCCUCCACUCCAGAAGCCGAGCUACCUACACAAGAGCAUUUACAAUAUUUCUAUGAGAAGUUGGCAACAGGGGAGAGGAUAGUAGUUGAAAAAAGAAAAAGCUCACUUCAUUCUAGAGCAACCACUAAAAAACCUAUACCAAGAGAUAAUAGUCAAAAUCCUAAUAGAUAAACUAAAAUGGAAAACUUAAAAAUGUUCCUAUAACCUAAAAGGUGGCAGUAAAGGGGAAACGGAGGACCAAAAAAUAGAGGGAAAACACAGAAAACAAGAUAUGGGAGAACUAAAUCCAAACAUAUCAAUAAUUACAUCAAAACAGAGGAAAAACCAUAAACCAACUAACUAUAUACUGUCUAUAGGAAGCUGACUUCAAAAGACUUGGGUAGGUUUACCAGUGAAAGGAUGGAAACCUUUACCAUGUAAACAUUACUUAAAAGAAAGAUGGAGUGGCUAUGUUACUAAUGAUAAAACAUCCAGUUCACUGAGACAGAAUCCUAAAAGUACCAUACAACUACGGAAUAUACAAAGCAAAAACAACUGCAAGGAGAAAGACGAACUAAUGCACAAUUACAGCUGUAGCAGAAUUAGUCUACAGAGUAUCAGCAAGGAUACAGAAGAACUGAACAGCACCGCCACCCAACUGGAUUUAACUGACACAUCCAACAGCAGAAUACACGCUUUUCAAGUUUACACAGGACAACGCUCACCAAGACAGAACAUAUCCUGGGUUGUAAAAACACUUCAAGUUUAAAGAAUAAACUUGGUGACAGAAGAAAGUCAGCCCCUUACCUAUCUCAGGUGUUCCAUCACUUAAGAGUGUUGGUGUGAAUACAGUGGUAAAAUCAAAACCUAAAAGAAAAUACUUACUUAAAAGGCAUUCAGCUUCCUUAAAGUCCAUCGAUAGGUUAUGUUUUUGCAUAGUUAUGUAUGUGGAUUUAAUAAAGUUAUUAGCAAAUA